CUUUUUGGCGGGAAUGCGAGGAGUGAAGUUGUGUGAUUUGUUUUAUUUUGUCUAUUUAGUGUUUCUUCGGGUUUAAAUGUGUAAUAGUGGUGGUUUAUUAACUGUUUAAUAUCUAUGAAAGUGCACAAAUGUGGGAAAAUGAAACAAAGCCGCUGGACGUAACUUCUCGGGAUCCUACAAAAAAAUCCACUGAAAAAAUCUUAGUAGAUGACCACCAUUUUACUGAGAUUAUAUUUCAUCCCAUAUCAUUUCAUUUAAUUUCAUCCCAGUAUAUUAAUAUCUCAAAUUAAUCAUCUUCAUUUCAUUUCAUUUCACUCCAUAUUAUCUUUGUUCAUAAAAGUAAGAAUAUAAAUUAAAAUAAGACAUGACUUAAAGAUCUUAGUUACCAGGUCAUAAAAUCCCUUAUAAAAAUAUCAUACUCUUUGACGGUGGACUUCAUAUUUCAUAGCUGUCAAAAAAAAGCUAUUUGCAACUGCUACACUCUGCAUCGCUCAUCACUAGUACAAUAUAUUGGUUUUAUUUUCUUUUAGUAUUUUUGGUAUGUUUGACGUGCGUUACCUAUCACUGUACCCACAACGGAGAUGCUGGGCUGGUUAAAGAACUUUAUAAAAUGAUAUCCUAGUCAAAGGUGUUUCAAAGCGUUGCUUAUUAUUUCUAUAUGGAGCUGAAGGUCUGGGUCGAGGGAAUACAAAGAAUCGUCUGUGGGGUCACCGAGACAACAACUUGUCAGGAUGUAGUUUUCGCGUUAGCACACGCUACUGGUAAAGUCGGCAGAUUCACUCUCAUAGAACGAUGGCGAAACAACGAGAGACUUCUGGCACCCCAAGAAUUCCCACUGAAGAUUUUGAUGAAGUGGGGAGAAUACUCAAAUGAUAUUCAAUUUAUAUUGAGGAGAUCUGAACCAGGCAGCAGCUCGAAGCCUUCACCACCACAGUUGAACUCCAGGUCUAUUGGGAAUAGCAGUCACAACACUUCUAAUCCAAAUAUGCUGGAGAACAGAAUUUCUCCAAAUAGAAUAAAUGCUAUACCAAAUUACAAUAAUAAUGUCAACAACACUUCUCCUGGAAAUCCUGUAGGAGUUGUAAAAGGGAUUCAGCAAUCAAAAACACUGGAAUCUGAUAGCACAGGAUCAAAAGAUGUACCCCCUUACAGGGAACCGCCCCCACCAUAUCGUUCUCCCCCACCUCCAACUCAAGCUCUCCAAAAAUCUCCAAAUCGUAUGAGAGUUCUACAAGGCCCUCAUAUGUCACCUGUGAACUUAACUGAAGAAUCCACCGAGAAUCGAAGCCCUGAAGCAGUUAGUUACAACACACAGUACAGGGAACUUGUGUCGCUUGUUAACUAUCAGAGAGAAAAGCUCUCUAGUCAGCAGGUUGAUCUUAUUAAGUAUGAUGCGGAAAUUGGUUACUGGGAGAAUAAAGGCAGAGAACAAGAACGUCAGGUUGAACUUUUGCAACAACAAAUCAGCUCAGCUGACAAUCAGCUGAGAAUUAGUACAGAACAGGUACAGGCAUUAACUUUUGUGGAAGAAGAAAGUGAGGUAGUCAAACAAAACGAAAAGACUUUAAGAUCUGAGAUAGUGUUGAUGCGCUCUAAGCUUGCCAACUGUGAGACAGAACUUUUGCAAUGUAAGAAUAAAAUAAGAAAAUUAAUGGAGGAAAUACACAAUGAACAGAGGAUUAUCAGUAGUCGACAGCAGGAAAACAGACAAGCACUGGAGCGGUCAAUGUUGGCUGAAAUGGAAAACUUACAGAGUCAAAUACAACAAGCUAAGCAUGCUACAGAAAUCAACCACCUAACUGCAGAGAAUCUCAAACGAGAGGUGGGCGUCUUAGAAAAUGCUAUAAUGGAGAAAAAGAGGCAAGUAGAGCGUUUAGUUCAAGAAAUGAAAGAGGCAAAUCUUCAAAGUUUAACCGGCAGCGUGGAUGAGCUACGACACCCGUUAGAUGGACUUUGCAAAGCUGGUAGCGCUCGUAGAAUUAUAGGAUCUCCGAGGCAGCUUGAAAAUGCAGCGCCUACAAACAAAAAUCCACAUGGUGUAUGGGUGUAAAUCAUAUCAGUAUCAGUAAAAUAUAAUGUCGCCAUAACGACAACCAGCAUAAUAUAAACUCGAAAUGAUAUUCAAUACUAAAAUCUUACCUUUUUCGUGUUUUUACGCAUGCAAAUUGUUCAUAAAUUAUGAACAGUAGCCUACUGGUUAAGUGAAAUAUUUAAAAAAAGUUACAUAUACAGCAUUAUUUGUGUUAAAAACCGUAUUUAGUAGCCAAUUUAACAAUUUAUUUAGUUUAUUUUAUUAGUACUUGUGUUCAAAUAUGUGUCAUAUUUAAAGAGUAUUGUCACAAAUUAUGUGUGUUAGUUUAUAUUGUCGAGGUUUUAAUAAUAUGAUAAAAAGUACUUACGGUUUGAUCUCACAUUUACUUAUUUUGCACCCUAUGAUGUAUAAAUACUUUCACAGUUGUUCCGUGGUGGCGUCACACCAGAGAAUGAUUUCAUGUUAAAAAAAUUAUAUCGCGUCCCCUACAUGAAACUUGAUUAAACUAAGUUGGAACCGUAUUUUUUAAACCAUUUACGUUGACUUCAUUUGAGUGUAAAUAAGAGUAUAAUAUUGAGCUCAUUUUUUAAAUUUUUUACCUCAUUUUUUCAACUCUACUGAAGCAGUUUCAAAGAGAACGAAGAAGACUUGGGGGGGGGGGGGGGGAGGUCUCAAAACGCGCAGUUUUUAAAGUUUUUUUUUACUGUGAUCAAAUUCAUUUUUUGACAUAAAAAAUGGCUGAUUUACAUUCAUUUAAGUUAUUAUCCAAAUAUUAUAGACCGCCUUACCAAAUAUUAAAUUUUUUUUUGCAGUUUGAGUAAAUUUAGUGAAACUUUAUUUUCCAAAAAAUCCCAAACAUAAAUGUAUGGUAGACCACAUUAUAAUAAACUCAUUUAAAGUUAUUUUUGCAGUAUUGUAGAUAAUAUAGCAACUGUGCAAAUAAUUUUCAGGUACCCUAAACCCUAAAAUAAAUUAUUAACAUUGAAAGUAUUAUACCAUCUUGCCCUAUUGUUUAUAUUUUAUUGAUUGUUUUAAAGUUAAUGUGGGGUAGUGAGUAAUAAACGAAUGAUGUAAAAUUAAUACCUUUAUAAUUUUACAUCUAAUAUUACAAAAUGUAUAUUUAUGAACCAUUUUUAUAAAAUGCAUUUAUUUCUUAAAAUUGGUUAAAGAUAAAAAAAAUAACGCACCGCAAAUGUAUGAUAUAGCGGUCAUAUUUGACAAAAAAUAACCUUUUAUCACUUUAUAUUUGAGUCGUCUAUUAUCAAAGGUGGCAAUCUGUACAUUUGGACAAAAAAAUGUUAUUGAUAUGUCAAUACAGAUUGAUUUGAAUAUAAUCGUCUCCUUCAAAGAAUACGGUUCAAAACCUGCAUUAAAUAAAGGUUAAUAGUUAACCUGUUAUUUAUCUAAGAUGUCGUUCCGAAGAGUUUUGUGACUGCCAAUGGAAUACAAAGUCAAUAAUUCGUUUUUCUGAUUUUCCAAUAAUUGUCCAAAAGUCAGAUUGCCGGCUUUGAUAAUAGUCGACUCAUUUAAGCUAAAUUGAAUAUGUAUUAAGAUUUCGUUUUAAUACUUUUGUAGCAUUUUCCAUGUAUUGUGUUGAAACAUUAGGCGUGUGUUAUUUGACCGUGAUAUAUUGGUACUAAUUAGAGGAAUGUUAUCCAGUUUAUUAAUUUAUAUCCAAUAAGUGUACUAUAUUUUAUAAUUGCUAUAUAGCAAUAAUUUUAAUUGAUCUAGUCGAAAAUAUUAGCCAUUACAAUAUUGUAUAAAAUCGAUUACUUAUUAAGGAGUAUUGAAACGGCAUUUAUGUUAAUCAAAUAUUCAGCAUGUAUUAUUCUCAUUACUUAACUGUACGGAAUGAAUUAAUGGUGUUUAGAUGAAUUGUAUACCUACUUCGUGUUUAAAAUAAAGUUUAAAUCACUC